AUGGCCUGCGUGUUCUUGGGACACCAGUGGGAUCCUCAACCAGACGACAGAAGUCUGCAGUAUGUACACACAGCUCUCCGUACUGAUCCUUCACAGGUGUAUUAUUUACUUGGCCUUCCAGGUGUCUGCAAAUAUGGUAAAGAUUUUCAAGCUAUUGCAGACGUAAUUGGCAACAAGACUGUUGGCCAAGUGAAGAACUUCUUUGUAAACUACAGGCCUCGGUUUAACUUAGAGGAGGUAUUGCAGGAGUGGGAAGCAGAACAAGGAACCCAGGCUUGUGAUGGUGAUGCUUCUACUUUAGGGGAGGAGACAAAAAUUGCUUCUAAUGUGCCAUCAGGGAAGAGCACUGAUGAAGAAGAGGAGGCACAGACCCCACAGGCUCCUCGGACUCUGGGUCCAUCACCUCCUGCCCCAUCAUCCACUCCAACACCAACAGCCCCCAUUGCCACUCUGAACCAGCCUCCAGCACUUCUUCAUCCAACACUGCCUGCUGCCCCUGCUCUUCACCGGCAGCCUCCUCCACUCCGGCAGCAGGCUCGGUUCAUCCAGCCCCGGCCAACUUUCAAUCAGCCUCCACCACCUCUCAUUCGCCCUGCUAAUUCUCUGCCGCCCCGUCUCAACCCAAGACCAGUGUUGUCCACGGUUGGUGGUCAACAGCCACCGUCCCUUAUCGGAAUUCAGCCAGAUUCACAGUCCUCACUGCACUAAAAUUAAACUGGACAGAGCUACAGUAACUCUUCACCCCAUCAUUAGACCAGUGCUCAUCAGACUGAUGCAAAAGAGAACAGUCCUCCUUGAUACUGAGGCUGUGAACUAGUUCUGUGGCAGGGGGCUAGCAUAAGUGGAUGUCUAGGACAUUUUUUGGUUUGUGCAACCAAACUAAAUGUUAUACAACAAAAAGCCUACAGUUAGCCUCCUUUCUAGAGUAUAUGUUCAGCGACAUGAUCUCAUAAAAGGAACAA